CUUUGUUUAAUUACGGAACUCUUCGGUGUUUUUUUUUAAACACAGCUUUGUUUCCCUUUAUUUUAAUGGUUAAAGUUAAUCCAGUAGGAAAUGCGUCUAAGGGUUUUUAUAAUACCUUGACAAAAUUAAUCACUGUAUGUACUCUCUUUGAACAUAUUAAAUAAAAUAAAAAUAAAAAUAACUCGUUUAGGAGCACUAGAAAUGUCCAUCAUUUGUUGUAAAUCCGUAUUUGCUCAAAUAUGCCAUGAAUGGGAGACUGGACAUGAUAAGUUAUUAAGCUUGUCUGCCAAAAUUUUCAAAGCAUAUAUGCGUGUGUGUUUGUCUGUGAGACACGCACACACUCUCUCACACACACACACUCAAGCAUUAUGUAGAUAUAAUUUCAUGUUACAUGUGCUUUUGCUGGGAGUAAGUACAAGUUGAAUAUCAAUAGCGCUAUACAAAUUAACUGCUUUCUUUUAUUCUUACACAAGCGACACAAUUAAUGGCAUGCAUGUAAAAGUACAAAAUAAUCCUUUGUUGUCGUGUUCAAAAAAGAUAACUGAAUAGGCAUUUCAGUUUAAUGACGCUGCCCCUUGACUUGCAUGCACUCGCGUUAGAAUAUGUAAAAGGUGCAGCUUUGCGAUCGCUCCUUUUACUGUAUGUUUUUUCUGCGUCUAUUGCGCUUCUAAGCCUUUCGAUUUCUCUCGUCGGUCUGUGUCGAUCUGGCUGUGUCUGCAAUAGAGAGGACAGGUAAUAAAAAUGCUGAAAGAAAUGCACAUUACUAGAUGGAAGUAAGCGAAAGUCCUGUGAGCAGAGCAGCUCUCUGAUUGCCUGGUUGUUAUUAUCCGAGGUGACACGAGGAGAUCCUAUUUAUGGCAGUUUUCGUAUACUAAAGGUCCACCAUGCUUUUAUUGAAUUUGUGUACAAACAAGAUUAUUAGAAUGCGUAAAAUGUCAAAUUAAUUAUGGUGAACUAUCGUGUAUUAUAUUGUAUGCAGUUAGGCAUGGAGCGGAAAAACUAUUAAAAGGAUGAUUUUAUUCUCGAGAUAAAUUGAAGGCAGUAACACUAGUGUCCAUAAUUGAUAUAAAAGGAUAUUUAAGGCCUUCUAAAAGGGUUUAUAAAUACUGUAUUCAUGCUAUAGCCUAUUAAAGUGCAGUGGUCUUAACAAGAAGAGUAUUCUCAAGUGUUCUGUGUGUCACUCUCUGGCACUUAUCUACUGUUACAUCAGAAAACACAAGAGACAUCUUCUGCGGCAAAUUGCUAGGCUGAACAUCUAUGGGCCUGAAAAUGGUCUUUGGUUAGAAGGGAUCAGUUGUUUGCCCGAACUGUUUAGUUAAAGUGAUGUUUUAAGUCUCUAUAUUAGCAUCUAUUAAUUUCUUUUAGCACCGUGAUUUUAAAAGUCGUCUGUAUCAAAUAAUAAAUAAAGGAAUAAUUUUAAAUGUUUCAAUUUUUUUUGUACAUUCAAGAAUGACAAAAAGGGAUCUCGUCAAUAUGUGAAUAUGCAAGUCGGCCAAUUAGCAGAAAUCAUCUAUGAAAGGUGCAUGCAGAAUGAUGAGGUUUACACAUAAACCGUAAAGGUUACGCCCUUUUUAAAAAUAAAGAAAUCAAUAACAGAAAAUAAACGAUGCACUUCCUAAAAUAUGUUGACUUCAUGAUUCAUAUAGGUUAUUACUUCAAGCUGAGGAGAAAGAGAGGAACCGUCUUGAUAAUUUAAAUUUACGAAGAAUUCAUUAUUUUGAAAGCUGCCCCUAAAUGCCAGCAACUUGUUUUAUGUAGCCUAACUUAAUUUGGGUACAAGUACUUUCAUCUGUAAAUGAAAGCAAUUAUGCAGCACAUAUUAUAUUAUGUUGGCUGUGGUCUCCAGAUAGUCAUCAAUCACCCUCAAUCGAGCUGUCAUUGUGGGCAGAUUCGUUUGUUGCAGGCAGUCUUCCAGCUGGGGAGAAGAGGAGAACAUCAUCAUUAAUUUGAGUGUGACCCUGGGGCUAUUCACAUGUCUGAACCCGGGGAUCGCUGAGCAAGUCUGCACACCAGCACCGCACAUCCAGCCUGCACUACCACCUAUGUACAAAACAUAACAUUUAGCUCCUGAAUUAAAGUUGCUUUAACGCUUCAAAGGCGCGCUUCAAAUGUGUAAUACAAAAAAAAAAAAAAAGGCACUUCAUUACCCGGCAGGGCUGCUGAAGCGGAAAAGAAAAGCUGUCAGAAAGCAGCAAUAUUCGAUAUUCACUUCAAGCUAUCAAUAUCUUACUUCCAGGAACUAGAGUCAUUAAAAAAAAUAAGCCUUAUAAUCUACGCAAUUUUAAACUAUCAAAGCAAACAAAAGUGUUUAUGAAAAGGCGAGAAUAUAUCACUACAACAAGGCAUGCACACCAUCAUUGAUGAACAGGAAUGUUUAACUUACUGUUUCAAUCAUAAAGAGACUCGUUUUCAUCUAAUAGGCGUGGCAGACAUUCGGGUCUAACCGUCAGCCGGUUGUCAUCAGGCGAGAUGAGCUGGGUUGUUUGUUAAUACAUUGUUUAAGUAUUUAUUAUUUUAAUUGAUUGUGUUCAUUAUACAGGAAAAGAUGGGGGGGAGUAAGCAUCUAGGAGCCUGUGCUUACCAAUCAAUUGGUACAGUGAAACACAGCAAGACUGCAAUAGCGUUGAGACCAGGCGUCUCUCUUUAUUUCUGACUACUGGGACCUCUCUACCAUGUCAUACCCACAAUUCGGAUAUCCGUACUCAUCCGCACCCCAGUGAUGCAGCACGUAAUUCAGAAAGACUGCAGACAAGAGAACACAGUCGCCUUAUCCCGGUCUCUUAUCCCUGCAUGCUGUCGCUGUCCCCUCCAGUUCCUGAUGACCACCAACUCCUUGACAACCUGCUGCGAAUCCAGUGGCCGAAGCCUGUCCGAGUCCGGCUCCGCAGCCAGUGCUCAGACGCCGGUGUACUGCCCCGUUUACGAGAGCAGGCUGCUGGCCACGGCCAGACACGAGCUCAACUCGGCGGCGGCUCUUGGUGUCUAUGGAAGCCCUUACACCAGCAGCCAAGGCUACGGGAACUAUGUGGCUUAUGGCGCUGACGCCUCGGCUUUCUACUCCUUGGGGGCAUUUGACACGAAAGAUGGGACAGGAUCUGCGCAUGCGGGGAUCACCCAAGCAGCUGCCUACUAUCCUUAUGAUGCUACUUUGGGACAGUAUCAGUAUGACAGGUAUGGAACCAUGGAUGGUGGGACAAGGAGGAAAAAUGCCACUCGAGAAACAACGAGCACUCUCAAAGCCUGGCUCCAGGAACACAGGAAGAAUCCGUACCCCACUAAAGGAGAGAAAAUCAUGCUCGCCAUCAUUACUAAGAUGACCCUCACCCAAGUAUCUACCUGGUUUGCCAAUGCAAGGCGGAGACUAAAAAAAGAAAACAAGAUGACUUGGCCACCACGAAACAAAUGCUCCGAGGGAAAGAAGUACGAUGAUGCAGAAGAAGAGGACGAGUCGCAAGAAGGCCACAUAAAGAAUGAGAAGGAGGAUGACGAUAUCAGAAGCAGGGAAGAAAAAGAGCUACAGCUAAGCGACCUGGAUGAGUUUGAAGCCAUCGAGUCUGAGAGUCCCGAAUGUGACCUCAAGCGCCAGUUUCACAUGGACAGCAGUCACUUGCGGACAAGUGACCGCUGCAAAGACGCUGCCUUGAAGAUGCCCAUCACAGCCUCCUUAGAAGGGGACGAGGACAUCGGCAAAAACUGUCUUAAAUCGGCGUCUGGUGAUUGCGAGCACGAUCUAAUAUCUGCCAGGCAGACAAAAAUGUGCUUCGAACAGAGCCAGCAAAUGCUGGAGAGCAAACCGAGGAUCUGGUCUUUGGCGCAGACCGCCACUUCUUUGAACCAAACAGAAUACCCGUCAUGCAUGUUGAAAUGCCAACAGGUGAUCCCGACCACGCCCACCGUGUCAUCUCCCGUCAGCGUAAUGGACAGACAGCAGGAUUCACCGGUCACCACUCUGAGAAACUGGGUGGACGGCGUUUUCCACGACCCCUUGUUUAGGCACAGCACUUUGAACCAAGCAUUGACCAAUACCACAGUUUCGUGGGCCACAACCAAAGGCGCGGCGCUGGAGGCGGGGGUCCUGGGACGGUCCCUUGCCAAUACGACAAAUGUCAUUAAAGGACACGUGCCUAGCUUGCAACAUCAAGAGGCCAGUAAAGACACCCUGCUUUUCCCUAAAACGAGCAGCAAAAUGUUUUGCUCCUAACGAACAUAAAACUUGGUUGGCAGCAGCAAAACGCUACUCUGGGAUGUACUCUUGAGAAACGUGGAAACGCUCGAUUACAGCCUGAUACUUGUGCUUCGUGAAUGCUGGAAUCGCAUUUAUAUUUGAUCAGCCAAGGGACUUUUGUUUUUGUUUUUUUUUUUUUCUCUCUCUUCAAUGGGUUGUAUUGACAGCAGUUCACUAUAGUUGGUGUUUUACCAACUAUGUUUCAUUUUAAAGGAAGCACGUUAAAAUGUAGAGGUAUACAUGAAAGUUUACAUUUGAAAACGUUUACAAAAAAAAAAAAGAGACGAAAAACACCGUAUUAGUGAACUUUGUUUCCUUUAAAGGCAUGCAGAAAAUUAAAAAAAGAAAAAAAGACUUCUGAUUUUCCUAUUUUAAUAAUCGCAAUUGUCAGCCAGAGUCACGAACAUCACUGCUUAACAUUUCACAUAACUGCACACUUUUUCCUUACGAUCGGGAGGAUUUGUUAAACGUAUGUUCACUUUAAUAAAUGAUCUGUUUCGGAUGUA